AACACUUUAUUCAUUAGAAAUAUCUUCGUGUUUUAGCAUUAACAUUCAAAGAUGACUAAACAAACUGUACAUAUGUUUACCAAUGUAACAUAUACGAUCGGUAAAAUUAAUCAUUGAUCAUUUAAAACCAAACAGUAUUGGGUCCCAAGAGCUUAUAUAGUAUUCGUGGAAUACAGGGGUUUGAUGAUAAUUACAAAAAGCAGAUUGCAGGGGUAAUCUAAUCAAUUCAAUGCCUAUUUGUUUCUACUACAAGGCUUUUCCACAGUAUAUCCAUAGACCCCAGAGGUCUUCAAAGAAACCGCUCGCUGGAUCCAAAAAACGAGGAAAUUUAACCCCGAGUCCAAUGUGUUUAAAUCAGUACACUUGGGCGACGCUUCACGGCGGGUGCGUUGAUCUUCUGUUGAUCUACGAAUUAGAAAAAAAUCGGAGAGCCUGACUGAAAGAAAUAUGAAAACAUCCCUCCCGCAAAAAAAAAACCCGGUUGCAGCCCUCCGCUGACUGCGCUGUAUUUAUAAAAAUGUCUUACGUAACCAAGGGAACUAUAUUCUCGCGGGCGUUGGGGUCCGUAUUCUCGCGAGAUGUGAAACACAGCGCCCCCUCCUCCUUCUUAUAUGCGGAGAGGAAAAAAGGAGGGGAGAAACCUCCAUAGCUAUAGCAGACUGUUGAAUUAUAAAUAAAUAUUAAUAUCACACCGCCAGGAACCUUUAGUUUGGGGGGGAAAAAACGGAAGCAGGAGCUAACUGGAAACCGAAGCCAACUCGCAACCAACGCAGCUCCAGCUGGCUACAACGAAAGCAGUCGGGGAGGACGGAAAAGGAGGGAUAAAUCCAAAGAAAAGAAGAAAAAAGCGGCCUAUUUUUGUUCGGAUACCCCGGAGCCGCCGCUGCAGGACAGAGCCCCGCUGGAGGUACAUCGCAGCAAAAUCUGGCCUCCCUCGUUUUCUCGUGAGGAGAGGAGAACAGGAAGUGUGCGUGCGGACGCCUCGGCUCGCCUGCUCUCCGGGGGUAGAGAGGGGCCGGAGCGGAGCGGCCUGUUUUGUUUUCGCAGCGACACCGCCAUGAGCAGCCGAGGCGGACAAUAAACACACAUUUCGUGCUCGCCGACUUCCCUCCUCCGAGCGCCCUGAAUGCAUUGGGCCGGAGCCGUGCCGGGGGGAAGAGGACCUGCUGUUUUUUCCCCAGAAGCAAUCGCCGAGAUCAAGGAGGAGCGAGAGAGCGAAAAAGAAGCGGAGCUGGGGGUUUGGUUGGGAUUUUGGUACAGCCUGCCUGUACUACAGCUCGUAAUUGGAAGCCAGGCUUGACUCGACCGGGAAACAGAGCGCCGCCAGUGUUGUGUUGUUGAAUAAUAGCUAAUAAUAACCAGGAACAGCGCGGCUGCUAUGGAAGACAAGUGAUCCACUUUGAGGAAAUAAGACAAUCUGGAUGUUUACCCUUCCCCUCGCCUUUUGUGGAUUUUUUUAAAACAUCGUCCUCUUCGAUUUUGUGGAUGAACCGUUUUAUCUGAACAUGUUAAUUUGGGCGUACUUCGUGCCAUGGAAGAGAGGAAAGCGCUAAACGCGUCCGGUGCCGCGCUGCUGUUGUUUUAUCCACUGUUGCUGAAUGCAGACUGUUUUAUGCGAGCCUAUUGACAGCAGAAUUGGAAACUCCACCACAUUCUCCCUUCCGGCGGGGGAUGCGAAAGCCCUUUUUGGUUUUAAGCAGAACCCCCCAGAAUUGCGCCGCGCCUGAUUUUAUCCACCCAUGCUUCACUCCAGCCUCGCCUGCCCCUCGCCCUCUCUGGAAACUAGGGUUGAACGCGUCCUGCGCCGCUUUCACGGGAGCCUCAGCGGGCUGCGGUGACGGGGCCACCUUCCAGCGCGAACGGCGGAUCUGGUUGCUUGAUCAUUUUUCUCCAGAGCAGGACCUAUCUGGUGUUAAGUUGCUGCGAUGAACCCGGUGAAUGCCACCGCUCUUUACGUGUCAGCUUGUCGUUCGGUGCUGCAGUGCGAUCCGCGGGACCCACAGUCCUUCGAAGAGCUUUACAAGCUUUUGCCCUUCUUCAGACAGUCCCUUUCAUGCCUUGUUUGUGGGAACUUGCUACAAGAUCCCAUAGCUCCAACCAACUCUUCUUGCCAGCACUAUGUUUGCAAAGCCUGUAAAGGCAAAAAGAUGAUGAUGAAGCCCUCUUGCAGUUGGUGUAAGGACUAUGAACAAUUUGAAGAAAACAAGCAACUGUGCAUCCUCGUGGACUGCUAUAAGAAGCUCUGUGAGUAUAUCGUGGAGUCCCCUCUGGCUCAUCAAAUUGCCAGUGCUGUUGGAGGCUCCCCUGACGUUUUGGCGAUGUUGAAGGAGGGGUUGUCGUUAAAUGAAGGCGAGCAGGGAGAAUCUCAAGUUUCUUUGUCACUGAAUUUGUCACAUUCCCCGACGCCUUCCACCUCUGAACACCAUGACGCCACGCAGCUGGAGGCCUCCUCGGAUCUUCAGAACCGGGCCGCGGAUGCGAAGGUCAGCCCGGCUGGCAUGAACGGGCUGCACGAUUGCAAUGGGCUUACAGUGGAUGAGUUGGCAGCCAGCCUCCCUUCCCCGGAAAGUGCAUCUGCUACCAUCGAUGUGUGUAGUAGUGGGGAAGAGCUAAAAGCCGAAAGCUUUGCUGAUGAGCUGCCUGUCUGUGAGGCCUCAGAAGAACUAUGCACUGACGGCAUUGAUAUAUGUAGCUUCAGCGAAGAGAUAAAACACAGCAGCGGCCCCUUGCUUUUAAGUGUGGAGGAGGUGCUCCGGAGCCUUGAGCCAGACCCUGUCACGGAGGACUGCGCAGAUCCCUUACAUUCAAACCUGGAGACGUCAGGUAACCUCAACGGACCCUUCAGUGACUCCCGACUACCCUCGCUUCCUCUGGAUUCGGGCGUCUUUGUUCCCUGUCACCCCCAGCCUUCCUCUGGGAUCUCCUGCUCAGCAGCCACACCCAAAGCCGCCCGACUGAACCGAAAACGAUCUCGUUCCGAGAGUGACAGCGAGAAGAUCCAGCCCUUGCCCAUUUCCAGCAUCAUCCGGGGUCCGCCCUUGGCCGCAGCAGCGCCUGUGACGGUUAAACGGGAGCCCAAGGUACCAGUGCAGCCAGUGGCUACUGUGCCAAAUGGGGGAACACCCAAGGUCAGCAAAACAGUGCUGGUGUCCAGCAAGAGCAUUAAGAAAAAUCCUGACCAUGGGGCCAAGAAAGCGUAUUCCAAGGCCAAACAAGGGGUUACCAAGACCAAGGACAAAACGAAAGACCGACUCCCGACUAACAAUGUCAUGCCGGGGAGUCCCACCAAAGUUGUGUACAAGAAGCCCCAGGAAAAGAAGGGCUGCAAAUGUGGCCGGGCCACCCAAAAUCCAAGUGUUCUUACGUGCCGCGGCCAACGGUGUCCAUGCUAUUCCAACCGCAAAGCCUGCUUGGACUGCAUUUGCAGGGGCUGCCAGAACUCCUACAUGGCCAACGGUGAGAAAAAGCUAGAGGCCUUCGCUGUACCAGAGAAGGCCUUGGAGCAGACCCGGCUCACCCUGGGCAUCAACGUCACCAGUAUCGCGGUGCGGAAUGCAAGCACAAGCACCAGCGUCCUCAACGUCACAGCGGGCUCCCCCGUCACCUCGUUCCUCGCUGCCAGUCCUCACGAGGACAAAAGCUUUGAUGAGACUCUAGAGAUGAGGUUUGACUGUUGAGCUGUGUUGAGGUGCUGCUCCUUUCCGUUAGUUUUUAUAGGGAAGGAGGAGUUAGGGAGGAGUCACUACAAUACUAAGGCAGCUAUGGUUCUGUUCUAGUUCAGAUUAAACAUUAUUGCCAAAGCUCCUGCCUAUAAAUCCCUUGUAUCACAUGUGCUGUCUUACACACUGCUGCAGUUCUGAAUGAGGAGAGUAUUGUUACUGUAAGUUUAGUCCUGCUACAAGUGAUUUAUACGUCAUGAUCUUUGGCAAGAGAAACUUGACCUCAUUGUUGCGGGUCAUGCUCUGUGCAUAAUCAAAUACAAGGUUCAGGUAAUGAGAAAUGUAAAAGAAAUGGUACCUGCAGUGUAAGUACAUGGGUUGUAUUUAUAAUCUUUUGUAUACAAACUUAAUUCCAUUAAGAAACAUUUUAUGAUAUAUUUUAUAAGUUACAUUAACAACAUUUGCAGUAUUUAUUGGAUGUCAUCUAACAUAGAGUACUGUCUAUUUAGGGCAUCGUCAGGAUACCAUUUCUACAAAUGCAAGGUGGUGAAAUGCAGUAUGUACAGUUUGUCUAAAUUAUGUUGCUGUCCUGUUUGUGCUAGUUUCUGCUGUCUCAAAAGUCUUUUUUCCCCUUGGGGCAUUUUUUUUUUAAUUGUAACAUAACUGUAACAUAUUUCGUCAAAAAUGAAAGAAAAUGAAAUACUGUCAAUGUUGAUUUUAUUCUUCCCUCUUCCCACUCCUGAAUGUAAAAUGUGUUUUAUGUAGUAGCGCGCACAGCCUUGGUAACCUCCCUAAGUGAUGUGCACAGUCACUCCCCUCGUGGGUUCAGCAGUUAAGAGAUGAGCGGUGUCUUAAAUGCUAUAUUCUGCGGGCACAGAUGUAGUCUCUGCCAUUUAGAUAGGUGGGCUUCUGCCUUACCUGCACUUCAUGUCGGCAGGGACUUGGGUAUAAGCACUUAUGUGAAUAACAGGCCAAAUAACAGCAACUAUUUGGCAGACCACAGCAAUAUUUCUGGAGAACAGUAGAUGCUCCCCUAAAGCAUGUAUGCAUACACGACAUUCACAGUAAUGCUCACUUUUACAUAAUGUGACUUAUAUAUUUGCAUACAUACAGUACUAUAAAACAGAGGCUACCUUUUAUUUUGAUUGAUUUAAUCAGGCAGGACAUCACCAUGUAGAAGUGUCAGGGUAGUAUUUUCUUUGAAUUGGUGGAGGGUGGAAGUUGUCAAUGUUAGUAAUGUCCAAAAAUACACUGCUUAAUUUCUGCAUUCAGAAUCAAUGACGUUAUUUCAGUGUCUGUAACAUGAGGGCACUGAGAGGGCAGGUUUUCAGAAUUACUUCAUAAAAGCAAAUAGUUUCUAGAUCUUCAGUUCCGUUCUAUUUUGCUUUUAGUGCUCAAGUAAGUAAAGGUUGUUUAUUAAGUCCGUAGUUCUAUCAUUUCUUUUUUUCAACUUGUGUAUCCUCUCAUAAAGCAUUUCAUAUUUCCGUUUGGACAACAUCCUAACAGUAUAGAACCUGUUUGAUUUCGCACACAGCAUGCACGAUGACAGUUGUUCACCCAGUGUACAGAAUAAAGAAUGUGCAGGUAUUCUCUGACAGAUAAUAUGGCACCCUCUGUUUUGUAGUUUUACCUGGUGUCAUUUUCCUGUGAAUGUGGUCAGGUAGUGUUUUUGAAGCCAUAGGAGAAAACAAUGUGAUUUGUGUCCAGUCUGUACUUUUUUUUCUGUUUUGAUUUGCAAGAAAAGUUGGAAAAAAAAACUAUUUUUGAUAAUGAGUAAACGGUGGAAAAUGCCAUGUAGUUUUGUGUUUUUUUGUCACCUUGCACAUCUGAUUUUAAUUCCCUCCUCCCAAUACCUCAGCCAUUUUUUGUUUUUCUUUUUAAGCUGUUUUGCAUUUGUAAUGUGAUUUAUGUAUUUUGACCAAAAAGAAAGUGAGGGAAAAAACAAACAGCCCCAGUCACCAGCACUGAGUUGGUGCUUGAGAAUUACUCUUGUGUUUACGGCUCCACUGUGGUAUUAGAAAACUGGUGUAAACAGAACAGUUACAUUUCAUCAGAGUUUUUUAAUGCUAUUGUUAGGGCUCUAAACUGACCAAAAUAUAUAAAGAGUGCUACACUGUUAGACCAGGUAAUGUAGUGGUCAGUGAAAUUAGAAAAUAGUUGCUUUCUUUUCAUUUGCAAACUUUUGGUUAUUGAUUAGAGCCCUGAUUACAGUUUUGUUGUUGAUAGAUCAAGUUGCUGGAAACAAGUUUCCCUGUUAUUGCUGGUAUAUUCACUGCCACAUUUUAAAAUAUGUAAUGCAAUGAUCAAUAAAUGAUAGUUUUCUACUA